AUGUGCCUGGGCGGACAGGCCUCAAUGGCUGAGUGUUUCCUGCUGGCUGCCAUGGCCUGUGAUCACUAUGUGGCCACCCGCUCUCCACUUCUCUACUCUACACACAUGUUCAGAGUCUGUAUCGUCUUAUUGGCUGCUUCCUAUCUGGGGGGAUGGGUGAAUGCUUCAUCAUUUACUGGCUGUUUAUUGAGCUUGACUUUUUGUGGACCAAAUAAAAUCAACCAUGUCUCCUGUGACCUCCCACCACUAGUGAAGCUUUCUAGUGGGUCAAUCAUUGUAAUCACAUUGUUUAUCAUAGCUGUUUCAUAUCUAUACAUCCUGCACUUGGUCCUGAAUAUGCACCCCACUGAGGGAAGACACAAGGCCUUCUCUUUUUGUACUUCUCACCUCAGUGCAGCCACUUUGUUUUAUGGCACAGUCACAUUUGUUUAUGUCAUACCGAAGUCAAGCUACUCAUCUGACGAUAUUAAAGUGGUGUCUGUGUUCUAUAGUGUGGUCCCCAUGCUGAACCCCUUGAUCUACAGUCUGAGAAACAAAGAGGUGAAAGAGGCAAUGAGAAAAUUGAUGGCUAGAAAAAAUAGGUCAUUUUGA